AUGGUUGUUGUUUGUCGCCCCAGUCUGUUGGCUCGCGCUGACCAGGGCGGGAGGGAAGGAAACAGCCUCUGGGACAAAAAGACAACACAAACUCCACGACUGUUUUCCACGGAUGGUUGCUGCGACCAACCACUGGCUCCCGCUGGGGGGGGCUGGCUGGUGGGCUGCGUGCGUUGUUCCGCACAAGAGGCAGUUGCCGUUCUGCGAGACAUGGGGAGUAUGAGCGAUGUGAAGAAGGGAUACGUGGACACAGAGGCGGGACAGAUCCACUACCGCAGAUGCGGCCACGGCCCGCCGUCCAUCCUGCUGCUGCACUCUGCCGCCCAGUCGUCCGCCAUGUUCACAUCCGCGUUAAAGAGAAUGGGGGCGGCCGGCCUGCACGCCAUAGCUCUGGAUCUGCCCAACAGCGGAGAGUCGUGCCGUGCUGCGUCAACAUGUGCUGAUCCCACGCAAGCAGCUCAGCUUCCCAGCGGCGAGCUGACCAUGGUUGACGUGGCGAACCUUGUGCUCCAGGCUGCUCAUGCGCUUCGAUUCGCUCCGCCAUUCGACAUUGUGAGUGCCGAUGACAUGGUGGGGCACGAGGCGGGCGCCACAGUGGCCAUCCACAUAGCAGCGGAGCUGCCUCACAUCGUUCGCCGCCUCGUGCUGUGGGGCGUGCCCAUGCUCGGCUUCAUGGAGCGCGGCGACGCCCUCCGCGAGGAAACCCCCGACGGCCAAUACGACUCCGACCUCCCCGCCGCUGUCAGCACAUUUCUCCACCGCCGCUUCCCCGACGGCGGUGUGCCGUGGCAGCUGAAGGUGCGCACGCUCAUCGACAUGCUGCAGACGUAUGAGCGGCGGCCAUGGCUGUCAAGAGCCAUGGCUGUGGUGGAUCAUGCAGAGCUGCUGAAGCGCGUCCACACGCCCGUGCUCUGCAUGGCCGGGGAGAGCGAGCCACUGCACAAGGCGACGAGAAAAGCCGCCCUGUUGUGUAAGAACGGGGAGUAUGUGGACAUGGGGGCGGCGGGGCGGGACGUGGUGGAUGAGUUACCGGACGACUACACCAGCGUCCUGCUUCAGUUUCUCUUCGGGGAACCUGCUCCGGCCGGGCCUACUGAACGAGCCAGCUGUUCCGUGCCAGCUGGUGACGUGGCAGGGGCGGGCGGGGAUCGGCAUAUGUCUGACUCGGCAAUGAAGGAUGCGGGCGGGCGGCCUCUGCAGAAGCACUUGUCUCACAGCGACGCACAGAUGGGGAGGGGACCGGGCGGGUUGCAACACACACAUGCCCAUGGCCAUGGCCGUGCACAUGCCCAUGCGCAAGAGCAUGCACACGCACAUGCACGGGGAGAGGCAGAGCAGCGGGAGGGAGGAGGGGAGAUUAGGGAAGCAGGGCAGCAGGGGCGCAGCCAUGGGACGAGCAGCAGCAGCAUGGCGUCCUCGCCUGUGAUUGGCAGCAUGGCCUCGUCCCCCGUGACGGUCGUCUCCCCCAGCAGCCGGUCAUCCAACGACAGUGAGGAGCGGCGCACAUCAGGGGAGAAGCGCACCAAGGACCGCAUCAAGUCGUUCUUCCGCGGGAAGAGCACCGUUUGA